AUGAAUUCCUUUUCCUGUUCCCAGUUUUCAUCUGCUGGUUUCACCCACACGGAAAUUAUCAGACCAAAGUUCAACCAAUCAACAGAGACUACACCCGGAACCAUGACCUCAAGUGCUUCCUGUCUACUUCUGGCUAUUGCCGUGCUCAAUCCCAUGACGACGGAACCCACUGAUGCCCAGAGCGUCUUCACGCCACCCAAAGAGGAGCCGUGCAUCCCGUGUGACAUCUAUGCCAUCCCAGAAGAAGUGAGGAUCCACCGGGUUCUGUACGGGUGCACGGAGUGCGGGUACAUGUUCAACACCCGGAUCGAGCACUGUUGCGUGUGUUACGAGGACGUCUUUAAGCAGUGUCUAUCAGCGCUGAAGAAAUAG